AUGAUCCUGGCCUCGCGCGGCUGGAAUCCGGCCACCUCCAUGGUGGAUGUGCUGAAGGAGGUUCGGCAGUCCUUGCUUGACUCGGGCAUUGUGGCCUAUAGCACGGUGACCAUCAAGAAGGAGUAUCCCAAGCCUGCCAUCCAACUGGAACGCCUUUCCUCAGAGAUUUUCGCCACGGCCAACGGCUUCUGCCAGGAGGGCAUGACGGUGCUGUCCGCCGAGGCGGCCGUGCCCUUCCUGGGUGACCUCUCGAGGUUGGAGGCCACUGACAAGAUCGCAUUGCCCUUCUCAUACGCCAACCAGAUCUAUCAACGCGCCGAACGCGGGCAGGAGUUGCAACUGCCCCUGACCUUCGAGGUUACCACGAAGUUGGGUCGCAAGACGCACUGUGCCAUCUUUGAGUUCAUUAAUGGCUUACCUGACAUGCACGUGUUACUCCCCAAGUGGGUGAUGGAUGACCUUGGUAUCUCUGAGCGUGAAGUCGUUCGAGUCCGAGGGGUGGUGUUGCAACUGAUCAAUGCAGUACAGAUUCAGCCGCACAGCGUGGACUUCUACGAGGCCGUGCGCCAGAGCGGCAUGGAAGUGCAGCUGUUGCUGACCGAGUCGCUGGCGCGCUUCAGCUGUUUGACCGAGGACACUGCCGUGCCCAUCGACGUUGGGGGUACGUUCUUCAAUGUGCAGAUUACCAAACUGCAGCCGCACGGUGCUGUGCGGAUUAUCGACACAGAUGUACAACAUCACUUCGAGUUCAAGGUGGACUUCGAACCAGCACCGGACUUGGAAGAUGAAGCAGCCAAGAAGGAGUUUCAAGAUCGCUCGUUAGCUGCCUUGAAACUGAAAAGAGAAAUGUCGAAGCAGAAGCAGCAGGACCUGGAAGACCGCUGCCGCACCGCACGGCGCCGGCGCUACGAUGCUCUGCGGGCGGCAGCAGCUUCCGCAGAAAAAGCAACGGCAGAGAAGACAGGUGAAGCUGUAGACAUCGCACUGCGGAUGCCGAAUGGUUCCCAAGUGAAAGGCCAUUUCCUGCUGGAUGCACCCAUAGCCUGCCUCGUGGCCAAAGCGCUAGAGUCGGACUGGGCUCAAGAGGCGUUACCCUGGGGUAUCCACUUGAGAAUGGCCUAUCCCAGGAAGGUCUUAAAGGAAGGCGAUGUCAUCACCAAAGACUUCCACAGAUGCACCUUGAGCGUUCAAGAGGAGCAGGCGCCGGAGGACGAGGAGCUGCUUGCGGCAUCCGCGGCGCCAUCGCCGGAAGCCAAGCAAAGGGAGCCGGAGGCCAUGUCCUCUGAGCUGCCAGAGCUGAACGAAGAGGAAGCCAUGGCCAGGACCCAGCGUGCCUUUGAGAUCCAGCGCUACUUGCGAGCAGGGGUCAGUCUGGAAGAGGCAGAGAGGAAGUAUGCAGCGGGGGAGGUGCUUCCCCCAACAGACGAGUCCAGGCGCCCCGAGCCUGCACCUCCCGCCGCUGCUGUGGCACCCGCACCGCCGCGGCUGGAACGAACGCGAUCCGAGGAGGAGCAGCGGCAGUUCAAAGUAGAGAUGGUCGUGAACUUCACCGGCGUCGAUGCUGCGAUGGCGCAGGUGGCUUUGGAGGACCAGGACUGGGUGGUGGAGUCGGCCAUCAAUAGCCUGUUGGACAACAUGGGCUGA